GUCUCCUCCAUCUUCUCCUUCUCCGUCCCAUCUCCCCACCUCCUCCCUCUGGCUCGAAAGGUAUGUUCGGUCUUCUCUGGGUUGCCGAUCGGCAUCGGGUCGGCUUGCCCUUUCUCCUCGAGCUCGCUUCUGUUCGCGUAGCAAGCGCGUCCGCUGUGUGCGUUGCGCGUGCACCGAGCAGUUGGAGCAUAGAGCACGAUUCUGGUAGUUUGAAGCGUUGGAGCGCUGGAGCGUUGAUCCGCUGCCCGCCCCCGCCCCGCCCCGCCGCACGGCCACACGGAUCAUGCGGCAGCGGAACAGCGGAACGGAUUCCGCGACACUACGGACCGCCGAGGGCCUGAGCGGUGGCGGCGUCAUGCCCGGGCCUUGGUGGUUGCGGGGCGUGGGGCGAGUAGAGGAGUACAUUCGAGUAGGAGAGCAGGAGAGGAGGAGGAGGCUCGAGACUCACAGUGGCUUGCGUCAAUUUACCAUGCUCGAUUCUGUUGAAUGGGGAUGAGAGAGAGAAAGGAAGAACAAUAGCCGCCGGCGACAAGCACUAGACGCGUCAUCCGCUCUCUCUCUUGACCUUGCUUCUCUUCCCAUCCAUCCUCUUCUCUUCUUCUCACCCUCUCAUCGUCCCAGCUCGUCAGCUCACAUCUAGCUUGCCAUCGCCGUCUCUCUUCUCCACGUCGACAUCCCCG